AUGAACCUGCCCGAGGCAAUCCUCGUCACUUGUGCAACUGGCAACCAGGGCAGAGGCGUCGUCUGCCGCUGCCUUGAUGCUGGCUACCGAGUACAUGCCUAUGUACGUGACACACGAUCGCCCGAGGCACAGCAACUCGCACAGCUCGGCGCAUAUCUCGUUGGUGGUGACCUGAAUGAUGCAGAGACCCUGCAUUCCGCGGCGCAAGACGUCGACGCUGUCUUCCAUGCGGAUCUGUGGACGGGCGACUGGAGAGGCGAUGUCGAGCGCAGCGCCAAGGUUGUUGACGCCGCGCGGGCCUCGUUGCGCGUCAACUACAUGUUCCUUUCGACGGCCAUCAAGACGGGCCAGCACGAGAGCUUCCCAGGCUGGGGACCCGACUACCCCAUGCGCCGCUACUGGCUCAACAAGCACGCCAUCGAGCAGCGUGUCCGCAACGCGGGCUUCGAGCGUUGGACCAUUGUGCGACCCGGCCACUUCUUGCAGAACCUUACGAUGCCGGGAAGCGCCAUCUCAUUCCCCGGGUUCGUCGACGACGCUAUCCUGCGUGUUUCCUGGUGGCCCGAGACGAGGCUCCCUUGGGUCGACGCCGCCGACGUCGGCCUCGUUGUCGCAGCCGCCUUGGCCGACCCGGAGCGGUAUGACCGCGCGGAAGUGGCCCUCGCCGUCGAAGCGCUCACCAUCGAGCAGCUGGCGAACAAGAUGAGCAAGGCGUUGGGAACACGAGUCAGCGUGCACUACCAGUCGGAUGCAGAGGUGGAACAGGCUGUGAAGCAGGGAAGCCCCGUACCGGCAUCGCACCGAUGGGCGAACGAAGUGCCAGGAGCCGAGGCGGCUGGACAGCUCAGUCACCUCUCUCCUAGGCGAGUAGACAGCUUCCUGGCAGCGAAUGCAUCUCAGAUACGACCUUGA